AUGACAAAGAGAGAAGCAGAUGAGCUUAUAGAAAUAGAAAUUGAUACGGAGAAGACAGAAUGUAUAGAAGAAAGCAUUAUAGAGCAUCACUACACCACGGCAGAGUUUGUCAGCCAGUCUAUUGACAUAAAUGAACCUAUUGGAAAUCUCAAAAAGCUUUUGGAACACAGACUUCAAUGCUCACUUGAUGCUCAUGAGAUCUGUUUGCAAGACAUACAGCUUGAUCCUGAGCGCAGUUUAUUUGACCAAGGUGUAAAGACUGAAGGGUCAGUACAACUCAGUGUGCAAGUUAUAUCACAACAAGGUUUGGAGCCAAAAUUAAACAUACUUGAGAUAGUAAAACCAGUAGAGACAGUUGAGGUGGUUAUUGACCCAGAUGCCCACCAUGGUGGGGUUGAAGCUCAGCUUGUUGAAGAAAUCCAAGUGAUAACCUUGGAUGGCACAAAGCAUAUCACAACUAUUUCUGAUGAUGAAACGUCAGAACAAGUGACAAGAUGGGCUGCAGCGUUAGAAGGAUACAGGAAAGAGCAAGAGCAUCUAGGGAUUCCGUAUGAUCCACUACAGUGGUCUACAGAUCAAGUACUGCAGUGGGUACUUUGGGUUUUGAAGGAGUUUUGCAUGACCGACAUAAAUGUCAACGCUCUUGGCAUUCCUGGAAGAGAGCUGGGAAAUAUUACUCAAGAGGAUUUUUUCCAGAGAGUUUCCAGAGGAGAGAUUUACAAACCCGGUGUUAAAAGUUCCAUGAUUAGGAUCCUGAAUGAUAUAUCUGAUGUUAAAGAUGAAACCCUGCUGGUUACUGUGGACGUAACCAGCUUAUAUACCGUGAUUCACGUUACCCAUAUGUUGGGCCACCCAUUGACAUAA